AUGGCCAACUCAGAGCAGGAACGUCAGAAGAUACUGGCCAAUCUCUCGCACAUCUUCUGGUCCAAUACCGACGUCUCCACCGGCAUCACCCACAAGCCCUAUGGCGUGGACUGGAUCAAUCUCGAAAGAAACAUGUACCGCCUCUGCGUCCUUCAAGGCAAGGUCCGCGACGGCGACAAGGUCCCCGAGGAUCCAUGGGAGAUGUUCCUGCGCGAGUUUGCGCCUCUCACGAAACGCCCCGCAGGACACCGGCAGCCCCCAACCGCGUACUUCCCCAGCUCGAUCCUGCGGUCUUCGGCGGGGAAUGCGAAUGCUAGCGCGGGUCAGGAUGGCCAGCAGCGUGUGCGUUUCGAGGUGCCCUUGCUGCGUCGCUCGGAUGAGAAUCGGCGUAACUCGGGUCCUAUCCCGCGUUACUUGAACUGA